AUGGUUAAAACUCUCGACGUGGAUAGUUUGAUCGACCAAUUGACUUUAGAAGAGAAAAUCUCUCUUUUGGCCGGGAAUGACUCCUGGCAUACAGUUCCCAUCCCCCGACUCGGAAUUCCAUCUCUUAGGGUCAGUGAUGGCCCCAAUGGGGUCAGAGGAAUUAAGUUCUUCAACGGGGUGCCUUCCAACUGUUUUGUGUGCGGAACCGGUUUGGCUGCAACUUUCAACAAACUGCUUCUCAAAAAUUGUGGGCAGAUGAUGGGACAAGAAGCCAAAGCUCGGGGUGUCCACUGCAUCCUUGGCCCCACCUGUAAUACAGCACGGUCGCCGCUCGGCGGUCGUUCGUUCGAGAGUUACGGCGAGGACCCGGUUUUGUCGGGGUACGCGGCCGCCAGCAUCGUCGCGGGAAUCCAGCUGGAAAAAGUCCUGGCAUGCUUGAAACAUUUUGUAUGCAACGACCAGGAGGAUGAGAGAAAAGCGGUUGACACCUACUUGACGGAACGGGCGUUGCGGGAAAUCUACAUGAAGCCAUUCCAGAUCGCUCUUCGUGAUGCCCACCCCAACGUAAUUAUGACUGCCUACAACAUGAUCGACGGCGAGCAUGUUUCGCAGUCCAAGCGGUUUUUGCAGCAAAUCCUUAGGCAUGAAUGGAAGUUCAAUGGAGCUGUCAUGUCCGAUUGGUUUGGCACAUACUCCACCAAAGAAGCUUUGGAUGCCGGACUUACCCUCGAAAUGCCCGGUCCUACACGGUUUCGGCAAAUCGUACAAACCUCUCACAAAGUGUAUUCCAAUGAGAUCCACACCGAUACCAUUGAUCAGAAUGUGCGGGAUCUCUUGAACCUUGUCAACGAAAGCAUCAAACCCGAUAUCGGCGAGAACAUCGUGGAGCGUGAGAACGAUGACCCGGCGGCCGAGGCGUUGUUGCGUCAAUCAGGGGCUGAAGCGGUGGUAUUGUUGAAGAAUACCGGGAUCUUGCCAUUGGACAAGAAAACCCCCCAGAAAAUCGUCAUCCUUGGCCCCAACGCCAAGGUGUGCCAGGAUUCAGGCGGGGGCUCUGCAUCAAUGGCGGCCCGGUACAAAAUCACCCCUUUUGAAGGUAUUGUCAAAAAGGUCAAGGAAGGUGGAAAUAAGGCCACCAUCGAGUACGCCAUUGGGGCACAUCUUGACAAGAACCUCCCAGAUGUAGCUGAUGUGUUGGUAUCAAAAGGUGGUAACCUGGGCAGCAUUUCGGUGACGUUUUACCAGCACCCAUCCGGAGUCGAAGACAGAAAUGAGCUCACAUCGUUUGAGAUGACCACCACCAAAGUGUUUUUGGCCGACUUCAAAGCCCCCAAAUUGGACCCUAACGAGCUCCUUUACUAUGCUGACCUUGAAGCUCACUACAAGGCCGAAGAGUCGGGCACCUACGAGUUUGGAUGUUCCUGCCUUGGAAGUGCGCAGCUUUUCAUUGACGGCAAGUUGGUGGUAGACAACAAAACCAAGCAGGUGAGAGGCGAGGCUUUCUUCUUGGGUAUGGGUACUCGUGAGGAGAAGUCCGACGUGCAAUUGGUGAAAGGCCAAACUUACCACAUCAAAGUGGAAUUUGGAACUUCGCCCACCGCGUUGGUUGCAAAAGAGUUCAAAGAACCUGGGGGUGUGUACUUCGGAUUCAGAUUGAAGUCCACCCCCAAAGACGAGUUGGCAAAGGCUGUUCAGAUCGCCAAAGAUGCCGAUACUGUCAUUGUAGUUGCAGGGUUGUCAAAGGAAUGGGAGUCAGAAGGGUUCGACAGACCAAACAUGGAUAUACCCGGUUACACCAACCAGUUGAUUGAAGAGGUCACCAAGGUCAACUCCAACGUGAUCAUCGUCAACCAGUCAGGCUCCGCCGUGACCAUGCCAUGGAUAGACAAAGUCCAGGCGGUGGUACAUGCUUGGUUCGGAGGAAACGAGACUGGAAAUACCAUCGCAGACGUUGUUUUUGGCGACUACAAUCCCAGCGGGAAGUUGUCGAUGACGUUCCCCAAGCGGGUGGAGGAUAACCCAGCGUUCUUGAACUUCGGGUCUACCAACGGUAAAGUGUGGUACGGUGAAGAUGUCUAUAUUGGAUACCGAUUCUACGAGAAAACAAAGACAGAUGUGUUGUUUCCAUUUGGGUUCGGAUUAUCUUACACUAACUUUGAGUUUUCCAACUUGAAGAUCAAACCCGUGAAAAGCGAAAUCCACGUAUCGGUGACGGUGAAGAACACUGGCAAGAUUAAAGGUGCUGAGGUGAUUCAGGUGUAUGUUUCCCCGGUGGAGUCGAAGAUUCCCAGGCCCAUCAAGGAGUUGAAAAACUUCGACAAGGUCGAGUUGGCUCCUGGAAAGAGUGUUAGUGUUACUAUUCCGAUUUCUAUCAAAGAGGCCACUUCCUAUUGGGAUGGGUAUAAGAACAAAUGGUCUUCUGAUAAGGGUACCUACAAGGUUUUGGUAGGUAACAGUUCGGAUAACAUCUUGGUGGAGGGUGAGUUUGAGACCGACAAGUCGUUUAACUGGCUCGGUCUUUAA